AUGUUCGGUUGCAGUAAUUUAACAAUAGAAAGAAGGAUGAAGGAAUACCAGAUCUCUAUCUUCAAUUCAAGUACUAUCAGUGAUGUUGAUCUUGAUUCGCAUGUCAGAGAGAUUACUAAUCUAUUCCCAAGGUGUGGUGAGAAAACCGUUUGUGGCAGACUAAGGAGCUGUGAUAUUAGAGUGCCUCGUCAGAGAUUAAGGGAGUCCUUACACAGAGUCGAUCCAUCUGGCAUCAUUAGUCAUUGUAAAGGCAUGCUACACAGAAGGAAGUAUCAAGUCCCUUGUCCAAAUGCAUUAUGGCACAUUGAUGGCUACCAUAAAUUGGUUCGUUGGAGGUUCAUCAUUCAUGGUGGAAUAGAUGGCUAUAGUAGGCUAAUCACCUACUUAAAAGUUGCAACCAAUAACCAAUCAUCAACUGUAUUGAAUGCAUUCAUUCAAGCAGUCCAAGAAUUCGGUUUGCCAUCUCGUGUUCGUAUGGACAGAGGAGGAGAAAAUAUUGAAGUUGUCCGUUACAUGCUAAAUCAUGUAGAUCGUGGUCCUGGUAGAGGUAGUGCCAUCACAGGCUGUAGUACCCAUAACCAACGUAUUGAGAGACUUUGGCAUGACCUUUAUAGUGGAUGCAUAUCUUUCUUCUAUUCCUUCUUUUACUUUUUGGAAGAUGUUCAAUUGUUAGAUGUUGAUGAUCCGAGAGACAUGUAUGCCCUCCACUUUGUAUUUGUGUCUGUUAUACAAAGGCACUUGGAUCUUUUUAGAAGUGGGUGGGCCCAGCAUUCCAUACGUACCGAACAUAGCAAGACUCCCACUCAACUUUGGAUAGCUGGGCUUCAUCAAACUCAACAUGAAGAAGUUAUUACGGGUUUAACAGCUGAUUGGGACAACUAUGGUAUUGAUUGGGAUGGCCCCGUCCCACUUGUUAAAGACUAUGUUGUGCAGGUUGCAGAAGUCAGUGAACUGUUAACUCAUGAUCAGAAGGCAGAGCUACAACAGCAGUUAAACGACCUUGAUUUAAACUUAUUCUCACAAGUAGACAUGCUUCGUCAGUAUGUGGUUACUAAACUAUAUAUAUUAAAUUACAAUGAAACUGUCCUUUAA